UCCAGUUUGGACCUGAACAAAGAUAGAGGAACAGAUGGAUAAAACAAACUUCAACUUGACUUGCGUGACAAUCUCGAAUAGCCCUAUCAGUGACUUCUUGAUGGGCAUCUACAUCCUGGCCUUUAUCCUGGGCUUGGCCUUUAACCUAUUGACCCUUGGCCCCAUCGUCCAGCAGGUCCGCAGCCAGAACGCCCUGGGGGUAUUCCUGCUCAACCUGUCCCUGUCUGACCUACUCUAUAUCUUUACCAUGCCUCUCUGGAUCAACUACUACCACCGGGACCACCACUGGAGCCUGGGCAGCCUCUCCUGCAGCGUGGCCGGCUUCUUCUACUACUCCAACAUGUACCUUAGCAUCUACCUGCUGUGCUGCAUCUCUGUGGACCGCUGUCUGGCCGUCACCUACCCCCUAAGGACCAAAGCCUUUCGCAGCGUGCGCUACGCCUGGGUGCUUUGUCUGGUCGUGUGCGUGACUGUCAUGUCCGGACACGGCCUGGUGCUGUUCAAAGACAACCUGCAGGACGCCCACGACGACACGCAGGACCGCUGCUACGAGACCUACCCCAUGCCGCAGCCCGUGGCCCUGUUCAACCUGCUGCGGGUGGGCAUUGGCUUUCUGCUGCCCUUGCUGGUGCUGGGGCUGUGUUACUGGAGGAUCCUGGGCCAGGUGAAGCAGAGCGAGGGGCUGGGGGAGCAGGCUAAGAGGAAGGUACGGCUGCUGUCCUUCGGGGUGAUCGGGAUUUUCUCUGUGUGCUUCGCCCCCUACCACCUCCUCCUGCUGACCCGCUCCCUGGCCUACUACUACUACCACAUGGACGAAAAGAUGUACUGUCAGUUUGAGCAGAAAAUGCACUUCCCUUUCUCGUUUACGCUGGCCCUAUCCAGCCUGAACAGUGUGGUGGACCCAGUGCUGUAUGUGCUGGUCAGUAACGGGGUGAGGGAGGACAUGAGACUGUGCUUCUGUGGGAACAGACAGGGUCAGAGGGAGAGAGAGAGUCCCCUCUCCACUGAACCAUGGAACACACAUAUUACAAGUCUGAUCUGAUUACAUACUGUGUGUGUUUGUGUAGAG